AUGAAAGUAAGAGUCAUAGUCCGAGCCUGCAGUAAGAGCCCUAGUCCGAGCCUGCAGCAUGAAAGUAAAAGCCCUAGUCCGAGCCUGCAGCAUGAAAGUAAGAGCCCUAGUCCGAGCCUGCAGCAUGAAAGUAAGAGCCCUAGUCCGAGCCUGCAGCAUGAAAGUAAGAGCUCUAGUCCGAGCCUGCAGCAUGAAAGUAAGAGCCCUCUAGUCCGAGCCUGCAGCAUGAAACAUGAAAGUAAGAGCCCUAGUCCGAGCCUGCAGCAUGAAAGUAAGAGCCCUAGUCCGAGCCUGCAGCAUGAAAGUAAGAGCCCUAGUCCGAGCCUGCAGCAUGAAAAUAAGAGUCAUAGUCAGAGCAUGCAGCAUGAAAGUAAGAGCCCUAGUCCGAGCCUGCAGCAUGAAAGUAAGAGCCCUAGUCCGAGCCUGCAGCGUGAAAGUAAGAGUCAUAGUCCGAGCCUGCAGCGUGAAAGUAAGAGCCCUAGUCCGAGCCUGCAGCAUGAAAGUAACAGCCCUAGUCCGAGCCUGCAGCAUGAAAGUAAGAGUCAUAGUCCGAGCCUGCAGCAUGAAAGUAAUGUCCCAAAGGGCCCUAGUCCGAGCCUGCAGCAUGAAAGUAAGAGCCCUAGUCCGAACAUGCAGCAUGAAAGUAAGAGCCCUAGUCCAAGCCUGCAGGAUGAAAGUAAGAGCCCUAGUCUGAGCCUGCAGCAUGAAAGUAAGAGCCCUAGUCCGAGCCUGCAGAAUGAAAGUAAGAGCCCUAGUCUGAGCCUGCAGCAUGAAAGUAAGAGCCCUAGUCUGAGCCUGCAGCAUGAAAGUAAGAGCCAUAGUCCUAGCCUGCAGCAUGAAAAUAAGAGCCCUAGUCCGAGCAUGCAGCAUGACAGUAAGAGCCCUAGUCCGAGCCUGCAGCAUGAAAGUAAUGUCCCAAAGGGCCCUAGUCCGAGCCUGCAGCAUGAAAGUAAUGUCCCAAAGAGCCCUAGUCCAGGCAUGCAGCAUGAUAGUAAUGUCCCAAAGGGCCCUAGUCCGAGCCUGCAGCAUGAAAGUAAUGUCCCAAAGGGCCCUAGUCCGAGCAUGCAGCAUGAAAGCAAUGUCCCAAAGGGCCCUAGUCCGAGCAUGCAGCAUGAAAGUAAGAGCUCUAGUCCGAGCCUGCAGCAUGAAAGUAAGAGCCCUAGUUUGAGCCUGCAGCAUGAAAGUAAGAGCCCUAGUCCGAGCCUGCAGCAUGAAAGUAAUGUCCCAAAGGGCCCUAGUCCAAGCCUGCAGCAUGAAAGUAAGAACCCUAGUCCGAGCCUGCAGCAUGAAAGUAAGAGCCCUAGUCCGAGCCUGCAGCAUAAUAGUAAUGUCCCAAAGAGCCCUAGUCUGAGCCUGCAGCAUGAAAGUAAGAGUCCUAGUCCGAGCCUGCAGCGUGAUAGUAAGAGCCCUAGUCCGAGCCUGCAGCAUGAAAGUAAGAGCCCUAGUCAGAGCAUGCAGCAUGAAAGUAAGAGCCCUAGUCCAAGCCUGCAGCAUGAAAGUAAGAGCCCUAGUCAGAGCCUGUAG